AAACAUCUCGCAGUUGCCCAUCACUGAAUGUAAUAUUUCUGAUCGUUGCAAUUUAUUUAACUAGUGCAUUUUUAUUUCACCAAUUUGUUCACUUUAUUUCGUUUUUAAUGGCAUCUGAGGGAUGCAAACGUUUUAACUUAGUUUCGAAAUUAAAUAAUAUACAUGUAGAAGACCUGCAAUAUGUCGAAAAGGAUUUGUGUUUCUACGAAUUAGUAUCUCUAGGCUUUCUACUUUUUGGAGAUGAUCGAGUGAACGCCGAAUUCGCACUACAAAAGUUGCUUAUACUUUCCAAUACGCACAAGGGUGGUGGCUGCGGCGGUGCCGAUUUGCUCACCAAAUACAUAAGUGUAAAUCCACGAAAUUGGCGCGCUCAACUAGUAGAGGCUUUGGCUAUAAUUGGAGCUCGGCGAGUGUUGCGUAGGAUGGGCUUCGAUUGGAAUGAACUGCAUCAACACUAUCUACCACACAUUGGCGAACUGAGUCUGCAUGUGCACCCACUUUUGAAAGCAUUAUAUCGUGUAUGUGAGCGUCUGAAACCAGCCCAAGCCGGACAGCUAGUGCUGCGCGUAAAUGAGCAACGUAAACGUCCCGAAGAGCUGUUACGUUUCUAUGACUUUGCAUACUUGGAAAUGUUUAUGCUAGACUGGAUCUCACGCCGCAUUAUUACAUUAGGGGAUCGUGUAGCAAAUGGUGCGGAUGUUGAUGUGCUGCUUGAAUUUUUCAAAUUCAGCGACUUGGAUGCAUUAAAAACCUUGCUAAUCGAAACAAUUAUGAAUAAUGCCGAUAAGCAGUGCAUUAGCAAUAAUGCGCAUAUAAGUGCGGAUAACAUGGAGGCAGCGACUGAAAACAACAAUAUGAGUAUUCCUGCGAAAACUUCUACGUCAGUUCAAGCGUAUGCAAAUGACUGUUCCUCUGUGCGCAGCUGUGAUUUAACGAUGAAUGAAAAAUAUGAGGUACGGCGGGAAAGUGCGGGUAUUCUAUUGAUAAUCAAUCAACUUAUUUUUCAAAGGGACCCCGACCCCAAAUUAAAACAUUUGCUACCGGAAAAGCCACUGAAACCGCGCCAUGGCUCAGAUGUGGACAAAGAACGUUUAAAGAAAGUUUUUACCGAUUUCGGUUAUAGAGCACAAGAGUUCGAAAAUCUUACGCAUAUCGAGUUAAUGCAUCGCAUAAGGGAGACUGUUAAGCUGUCUUUUCAAUUUGAUUCGCUGAUUGUGUGUAUACUAUCGCAUGGCAUUGACGGAUCCGUUUAUGGCAGCAAUAGCAUACCCGUAGAAAUAGCUGAAAUCGAACAUAUAAUUACCGGUGAAGCACUAUUUGGAAAGCCAAAAUUACUUAUCAUACAGGCGUGCCAGAAAGAUGAAUCACCAAUAAAUGAGAAGCGCAAGACUAAUGUAGCGCCGCAUCGUUUCGGUGACAUGGUUAAAGCUAUGUCCACUGUACCCGGCUAUGCCGCAAUGCGUCAUACGGUUGAUGGCACAUGGUUUGUGCAAGAAUUGUGCAAUGCUGUGGAGCGCUUUGGCGAUCGACGCCACAUUGUCGACAUUCUAAUAGCUGUCAACCGCAAGGUAAGCGAGCGGCGCGGCAACGAAAAUGAAGUAAUGAUGCCCAUAUCUAGCAACACGCUCCGCAAGUUUUUCUAUUUACCGCGGCGCAAUUAACUACAUAUGUCUGAGCAACCACUGGUGUACCUUGAAGUAUUAAAUAUUUUGGAGCGGAAAAGUCAAACCUAAACUAGCUCCUGUGUUUCAUAAUUUUUGUAAUUCGUUAAGAAAAUGUGUUAACGUUAAAUAUUUUUUGUAAUAAAUAUUAUUGGUAUACAUACAGAGUUAUAAAUAUUUCUUAUGUGUAACUACACACAAUGAGUACUUGUGUGUUUACUAAAAAGUCCAUUUAAAAAAAAUUUCUUUCUUCGGUUUUUUGUGCUUAGAGACACUCCAUUCAUUUUUUAAAAAGAGAUACAUUCAAAGAUGUGUACCUUGCCGCUGACCUAAAUUUGUUGUGUUUAGUAUUGAAUUUGAGGAAAUCAACUAAAAAAUCUGUUUAAAAAUAAUAUUCUCAAGUUUAAAACUUGUCUAAGCUUUUGAAAGUACCAAAAAAAAAAGGAUACAAGUUUUGAAAUGUCGUGGGAGGCUACUUAAACUUAACCUAAUUUCCGAUUUUCAAUUAAAUUAUUAAUUAAGCCAUACCUAAGUAACCAUUGAUAUCUAUCGGAAAUAUCAACAUGCGUCGAUACGACGGUGAAUAUAUUUUUUAUAUUAUAUACCUUCUUUUUUUUGACAAUACUUUUGUGUAUGGAAGUAGUUUAGUGUUACGAACUGCAUUACCUGAAGAUUUGCAGAAAUACUAGACACAUUUUAUUAUUAGUUCUUAAAUUUUGCAUACUUAAUAUUUAAGUUUUAGAUCUAUGCACGUAAUUAC